AUGUCGAGGGAGCUCAGAAGAAACGGAAAGCCCAGAAGUUGCGAGCCGUGCAGGAUCUCAAAGGUCCGGUGCGACCAUGCAACGCCGACUUGCCAAAAAUGUCAAACCCGCGGCAUCACGGAGCAAUGUUUCUACCACCCAAAUCCCAUGACAAAACCCGCAGGCACUCCCCGCAAGAAGCCCGAGCCUCGCCGUCGAAAGCUCAGUGGACACCCUGGAGGCUCUGAGAGGCUUGCUCCGUUGACCUUGAGCCCGCCGACGCUGAGGAACGAUCUUGUGAACUCAUGGCCGACUCCCCCUGAGACCACAACCAGAACAGCAUGUACCAAGCCACCUCAAGAUCCAACACGAGGUUUCUUUCUCGGUUCGACAAGCUAUGCAAGUGUCUUCGUUGAAGAGCAGCCUCUGCCAGAUAGUGUGCACGAGCAGCCGUCAGAGAGGACAAGUAGAACACCAUCCGUAUCCGACAGAACAGUGUUAGGAAGCCGCCAUUGUCAGGUGGGUAUAGGCCAUUCAAUCGUGACUAAGCUUCUACCCAUCUCCUUCUUCGAAAAGUCCUUCAAACUGUACUUUGAGCAACAGAAAGCAUCUGCUCUAAUUGGUCCCCUGAUCAUAUCUGCUCUGCCACAAUUGAGGCUAGACCUGGCACAGCUCGCAACCACCGAGAAUGAUGCAGUUGCCAUGUAUGCAGAGAUGACAAGAAAUACUGCGCGACCGAUGCGAGUGCCUGCCACGAUGCGCCCAUCAGAGUUCCAUACACUCUUUACAGGGAAAAACCUACGCUGGGAAACCCUGGGCCUAAUCCUAUCAAUCGUGUGCUCCAACGCACAGUUCACUUCACCGCACGACCCCAUAUUUACACUAGACGACGGAUCGAGGCUUGACAGAGAAGAGCUGAUCGAAGACAUGAUACAUGCGUCAAACGACUGCAUACACCUCUGCCAGAUACACGGAGCCGUCAACGACAUCAUGGUUUGGCUGAUCUACACCAACAUGCUGAUAGUUAGCAAUUCCUAUGGAGACAACUAUCACGGUACAUGGCGGCGACUAGGUGACAGUGUCUCGGCUCUUUAUGCCGCGGGAAUGCACUGUGAGGGAGGGUACACCGAGCGAGAGGUCACGGAGCCCUUGUUCUUGCGUGAAUCGAGAAGGAGGCUAUAUUCUGCUAUCUAUCGAAUCGACAAGACGCUGGCGAUCUUCUUCGGUCGACCGCCAAUGAUAGGAUGGAGGUAUAGCGACCGAAAGCAACUACUCGAUGUCAGCGACGCUGUCAUAGUUUCCGAGGAUUCAGAGGUCAUCAACAAGGCGCUGUCGAGACUAGAUGGUAACGGUUGGAACACCGAUGGCCAUAUACAUCCAUCCACGUGCAUCAGGCUGCGUUGUCAGCAUGCAGUUUUCAAAGAACGCCUUCUAGAGCAAUCGCUGUCUGGCGAGAAGGACAGCGAUGUGGCUGACAAUAUGAGAACCAUAUCAGCAGAAUGUACCCAGUUUUGGGAAAGCCUCCCAAUUCAUCUCCGUUACGAAAUGUACGAUGAAGACUCGGCCUGGCACAGACUCGGCUCGGGCAUCACAGUCCGCCUGAUAUCCGCCUACCUCGAAUACCUGCACACGCACUUCCAGACCCAACGCCUGCUCCAACGACAAACCCAGCAAGCGCUCCCCGCUCUACUCAACGUAUCUCUCAAACUCCUCUGCACCGCCCUCGUAUUCACCAAGCCUCUCAACGGCGCAUACGAGACAAGGAGACACUUUGCAACAGUCAUCAUGUUCUACUGCUUCCCCGCCGCCGGCGUCCUCGCUCUCGAGUUGCGCAAAUCCACCAUCGAAGGCGUGCCGCUACCGGACACCGUCCUCCGCGCAGACGUAAUCCGCAAUCUCUCCGUCUUGACCUCUUCCUUGGAAUGGCUGAUCCUCCCAGGCGAUGGGAACCACAAGCUCUGCACCGAGCUCAACAAGAUGCUCGCGCUGGUGCUGGACGAAGUGCUCAACUACGAGCCGCCGCCGACGGGGAGCAAUCUGGGGAGCGAGGUGAUGGCGCCGGUGACGGGACCGGGGUUCUUUGAUAUCCCUAUGCUAGAUGGCAUGGAGCCUAUUCCCACCCAAGCGGAGGAUUUCUUGACGUGGUUGGAUGGUGCGGCGUGGAACAACACGCAGGAUUUGUUCUGA